AUGACCGUAGUUGAUUCUCCCGAAACUAAUAUUUUCCUUGAGUACGUAAUAGGUCUGCCAGAGGAUGAUAUAAAUUUCUUGCAAAAAGAACCGUCUUCAGCAUUCUUCCUCUUUCGCCUUCUGCCUGAUGUUGCUCAGCAGUUACUCGUCAAAUUAAUUUGGAACUCAAACGUUGUGGACGCUUUGAAACAUGAUAACAAAGAGAUUGGGAGCAAUCUGGAUCUUUUGAAAAAGUUAAAACUUGUAAGAGUCGUUGAAGGAAGCUGUACAGUGAAUGAUAACUUCCGGAGGGCUUAUCUCUACGCUGUGAUGAAUGGAUCUAAAAGAUGUGCUCAAAUUGAUUCAACUGAGGUUGAAGAGCAGAAGAGAAACAAAGAUAUCGUAAGAAAAUCGAAUGAGCGAUGGGAGUGUAUUCUAAGGUAUUUAGCCUUACCUUCAGAGCAGAACAAGGCUUCUGUUUCUCUUACAACCAGAAAAUUAUUCAAUAGUGCAAAUUUCACUAGUGGUGAAGGAGAAGGGGACAUGGAGAUCACUUCGGCUGGGUUUCAGUUCCUUCUGCUCAGCCCUAUUCAACAGUUAUGGACAUACAUGUCGGAGUAUCUAAAACUUGCUCAAUCAGAAGGAAAAGAUUUGAAAGAGUUGAUGAUUGUUCUGAUUAAAAUCAUUUUGUGUGUAGACAAAGGAGAUGACAUAACCAAAAGAGCAUAUGAGUUGGACAACUCUUGGUCAAAAGAGCAAAAUGAACUGGUCAUGCAUAUGAGAGAACUGGGGUUAAUAUUCUUACGUACAAGAAAAAAUGGCAUUUUCUUUUUGACCCCUCUUCUUUGGCAUCUAUCAAGCAGAUCCGAUGAUGACCAAGCAUCUCAAGAGCGUAAAGAUGGAUAUAUUAUUGUGGAAACUAACUUCCGUUUAUAUGCUUAUACAAACAGCAGUUUAGAUUUGGCUAUUCUCUCUACAUUUACAGAGAUGACCUACAGGUUUAACGAUAUGUCUGUUGGCAUCCUUACGAGGGAGUCAGUACGACGGGCUUUGCAGGUUGGUAUCACUGCCAAUCAAAUCAUAUCAUUCCUUCGAUCAAAUGCUCAUUCCAAAUGUUUGAACUCUAGUGGUCCCCUUAACUGCUUACCAAUUACGGUUGCUGAUCAAAUCCGUCUAUGGGAAGACGAGAGAAAACGCUUAGUUUUUACAGAUGCAACUAUUUAUUCUGUAUUUGAUUCGGAGGAAGAGUUUGUCGGUGUUCGCGAUUUCGCAGCUAAUCAGGAUGUUCUUCUGUGGGCUGACAGCACGCAAAAGCUCGUAAUUGUAACUGAUGAGGGACAUUCUCUUGUGAAACAAUGGUGGAGACAACACCGAGGACAGUAA